ACCUACGCCGAGUAAACACAGCCAAUGGCAGGCUUCUCCCUUGACUACUUUCCAACACUCUCCAUCUCUCCGCCACAGCUCGACUGAUACUUUUCUCAACUAGCUCGGACGCAGAGCCAUGGGGAAGGAGGAGGAGCAGCUCACGGAGAAUCUCAAGAAAUAACUCGAAGAAAGGAGGAGGGCUCCAUCAGGAUCAGAGACCAGUUGCAUGUCUUUGUUCUCUUCAGCAGAGGCAGCAAGGACCAUGGCGAUGAGGGCACAGUUGGAGGGAAAGGGAAAGGGUAAUGGAAAGGGUUUCCCUAUCAGAGCAGUCAUUGGCCUCUUUGUUGCCCUCUCGGUUCUGGCCUUCUUCCUCUCCAACAACACUUUCUUCAGGUCAAGUGAACAAGUCUAUCAACAGACUAUAAAUCCCCCGAAUGCCAAACGACCCGAUCGUCAGACUUCUAAUCUACAACACUCCAAAACACAACCUAUACCUAUCACCUUGUCCUGCGAAAGUCCAACCGCAACGGUUUGUGAAAGACGAUCAACUCCAAUGCCUACUCCACAUCUCACCACUUCCUACAAUUCACCUUCCUGUCCUGAAUACUUCAGGUGGAUCCAUGACGAUUUGCGCCAUUGGAAGUCCACAGGGAUCACAAGGGAGAUGAUCGAGAAUGCACAUGAGUAUGCUACCUUUCGAUUGGUGGUGCUUGAUGGUCGCGUUUAUGUUCAGGAAUACUAUGGCAAAUUCAUGACAAGGAAUGUUUUCAGCCUGUGGGGCAUUCUUCAGCUUGUAAACCGGUAUCCUGGACGUGUUCCUGAUCUUGAUCUCAUGUUCAAUUGCAUGGACCAACCGGCAGUUAAGUCUUUUGAGUACAAUUCAUCGACUCCACCACCGGUGUUCCAUUACUGCAACAACGAUAAGACUUGGGAUAUCCUUUUCCCGGAUUGGUCCUUCUGGGGCUGGCCCGAGAUCAACAUCAAGCCUUGGGCAUCGCUGCUGAAGGAAAUGAAAGAAGCAAACGAAGAGAUGAAGUGGAUCGAUAGGGAGCCUUAUGCAUUUUGGAGGGGCAAUCCCCAUAUGGGUGGCAAUAGGUUUGAUCUUCUCAAGUGUAAUGUUACCGAUGAACAUGACUGGAAUGCUAGGAUCUACGCACAGGAUUGGAAACAAGAGGAAAUGCAAGGCUUCCGACACUCAGACCUUGCUAGGCAAUGCGAUAACAGGUAUCGGAUUUAUGUAGAUGGCCUUGCGUGGUCGGUGAGCCAGAAGUACAUUAUGGCAUGCAACUCACCCACAUUGUUCUUGGACACUCCUUGGAUUGAGUUUUUCCAAAGAGGCCUCGUUCCGGGGCACCAUUACUGGCCUAUUCGAGGGAACAACAAGUGCAGGGCGAUCAAGGUGGCUGUCGACUUUGGCAAUGGGCACAACGAAGAGGCACAAGCUAUGGGAAAGGCGAGCAGUGACUUCUUCCAAGAAGAAGUGAAGAUGGACUUCGUCUACGACUACAUGCUACAUUUGUUGACAGAAUACGCUAAGCUUCUGCGAUUCAAACCAAGCAUCCCGGAAAAUGCCACAGAGUUAUGCUUGGAGUCAAUUGCCUGCCGUGCCCCGACUAACGUGAAGAAGUUCCUGUUGGAGUCGAUGGAGAAGACGACUCAUGAGGCAGAGCCAUGCUCAUUGCCUCCACCCUUCACGCCCAAGGAGCUCCAACAGAUGCAGGAGAGGAAGGCAAAUGCCGCGAAGGAAGUUGCGGUAUUAGAGGAAGAAGCAAACAAGUUCUAAGGGAACCAUGGCUGUGAUCAUAGUUGAUGAACUAAAUGAAAUUGUAGCACAAAGCUUGAAUCUUUCGAGUCUAAUCUAAAUAUGGCAAGUGAUCUCAA